UGUGUACUCUGUAUAGACCAUGACCGUAUUCGGUAGAGUAGAAGUAAACCGAAAAAAGACGCUUUGAUGUCAUCCAUUUCCACAUCCGGCUGGUGCCGCUUUUCCAUUCCUCGCUCUUUUCUCGCGCUCCGAAAUUUACUUCCUUUAUUUGAUCCUGGGACGCACCACUGGCUAUCAUCGACCUUUAAUUUCCCUCUCUUUACUUAAUCGACGCAUCCUUCCACAUGUGCAGCCUCCAGUGUCCUCCUCAGCAUGGCCGAGGCUUCCACUGCUGGGCCGCGCGCUUCGUCGGUCCCCGCCAUCAUCACAACCACCGGCUCUGCCGGUUCGUCCUCGCACAUCACCAGGGAUCCGAGUAACCAGAGUGGUACUAGCAAGCACCAGUCGGGUCCUGCGCGGGCGUCACAGUCGUCUCCUAUCGAUCCUACAUCGCCGGAUGUCGCAUCGGGAUCGAGCAGUACUCAGCAGCAAAAUGCGCGAAGGAACCACCGAACUACGCAAAGUCUUAGUUACUCGAACCACCGGGCCAGUGGCUCUGUCACGAGAUAUUCCGCGUCCUCUCCUACUGUUGUGGACCCCGGUGCGGAAUCCAGUGCGAUAGACCCGUUAUCUCAACAUAUCAUUCAGCGCACGCAUACCCAAAAAUCCAUUCCUUUGAAGCUGCUAGGGAGAGCGCCUUACGAGGCGGAGGCCGGUGGCACCGACAACUACAAUGCAGACGAACAGGGCUUAAACCGACGGGAUUCGGUGCCACACCAGAAACCUCCCGAGAAGAAGAAGAAGAAAAAAGGCGUCUCCUUCCUCAGUCGCAUAAUCCCGGGCAAGAAGAAAGACCGGCAUUCCGACGCCGAAGACGAUGUAUCUGAGUCCGAGAACGGCCGUAUGGACCCCGACGCUGCUGCACAACCAAUAGGUUUCAUUCCUCGAUUCCCGCGGCCACCGAAAUACCUCAAAGUUCGCGCGCAUUAUAAGAAGGAAAAGACAUUCAACCGGGUUUUCGUCGCGCAAGAACUCCAGGGUGCUGAUGGUAUAUUGGGUGCGGCGGAUAAGGGUGUAACUAGUUCGGUAGUCGGGUCCGAAAAAGGUCAUGAUACUGGGAAAGCCGUAUGGUCGCUUGUCUUCUCCAGAGAUGGGAAAUACCUUGCAGCCGCGGGACAGGAUCGAAAGGUUCGCAUCUGGGCGGUUAUCACUUCGUCCAGCGACAGAGACGAGGUCGAGAGCGAUGAGGAACAGGAUAACGACGAGCUUCCCAAGCUGAAAGCACCAGUGUUCCGGUCGAAACCUAUUCAAGUUUUUGAGGGACAUACAGGCAGUAUCUUAGACCUGAGCUGGAGCAAGAAUAAUUUCCUUCUCUCUUCAUCUAUGGAUAGGACGGUCCGCCUGUGGCACGUAACCAGACCCGAAUGUCUAUGUUGCUUCCAGCACAGCGAUUUCGUCACGUCGAUCCAAUUCCAUCCCCGCGAUGACCGUUUCUUCCUCGCAGGAUCCCUCGACACUAAGCUCCGACUCUGGAGUAUUCCGGAUAAGAGCGUGGCGUUUGUGGUAUCGGUGCCAGCAAUGAUUACAUCGGUCGCUUUCACUCCGGAUGGCCUGUACGCAAUAGCCGGAUGUCUGAACGGACUGUGCAUCAUAUACCAAACGGACGGCCUGAGGUCACUCGACCAGAUGCAUGUACGGUCUGCGCGCGGUCGUAAUGCGAAGGGUAGUAAGAUUACGGGCAUCGAUACCAUUGCUCUUCCUCCUGACGACCCCAAUGCGGAUGUCAAGCUCUUGAUCACCAGCAAUGAUUCCCGGAUCAGACUCUACAACUUCAGAGAUCGAUCCUUAGAGGCUAAGUUCCGUGGCAACGAGAACACUUGCAGUCAGAUUCGCGCUUCCUUUAGCGACGAUGGGAAGCAUAUCAUUUGCGGAAGCGAGGACCGUCGAACGUAUAUCUGGCCUACCAAUACCACCGAGAAAGACAUGGAUAAACGUGCGGUCGAGGUAUUCGAAACACACUCGUCCAUGGUGACAGCGUCCGUGAUGGCCCCUGCGAAGACUAAACAAAUCCUCGGUUUCUCAGAAGACCCAGUCUACGACAUCUGCAACCCACCGCCAGUGACGCUGGUAGGCAAAGGAGAUGAGUCCCCAGAAAAGGACCACGAUUCCGGGAACCGGAACUCCGGAGCUAGCAAGCAGGCGCAAGAGUCGCCUACGUAUAUCUCCCGUUCUACACACCCCAACGGCAACAUCAUUAUUGUAGCCGACUAUUCGGGGAGGAUCAAAGUUCUGCGACAGGACUGCGCGUACCAGAAGCGGCGCUAUGCUGACUGGGAUGCCCACUCCACCAUCUCCAAAAGGCUCUUUCGACGGUCCAACUCGACGCGCCAUAGCCUCGCAUCGUCCAUCGGAAAAGACUCGCACAAGUCGCCCUCAGAACGGAUCCUAUCCUGGCGCAAUUCCGUCAUCCGACAUAAUGCGGGCCACGCCAACGGUGACCGCACGCCUACAAGGACGCGGAGCCCUUCAGGAAAAUCCAUCCCUAAUGCUUCGCGCUACUCAAGUCCAGGCGGUGGCUCGUCGAGGCCACGUACCGACUCUCGCUCCUUCACCAUGUCUCCGUCACCCUCAACAUACAAAAACUCCGCCGACAGCGCACGCUCCAGCGCCGAAACAUCGCGGCAAAACACCACACCCCGAAGACGCGAACCCAUUCCCAAAUCCCCCUUACCCCUAUCAUCCACCGCAAUCGUCGCCAGCGGCCAAGACCACGAUAACCCACUUUGGAUCCAGGGGGAACAAAGCAACGCCUACUGGAACAAGAUCACACAUGACGCCUUUGCGGCACAGAACCGCCAGUCUCGUCUACUUGUCCCGGGUCGACCAUCUGUCCCAGACGCAGAUCGCAAACUGAGUGUUGGGAGUGAGUUCUUGAGUAGCGAUUAUGCUUCGUCGAAUGGGGAGGGUGAUGACGGGGAUGUUCUGAAGUGCAAUAAUUGUCAGGGGACGAAUUUCCGGGCGAGUAGGGGGAGGAAUGGGAAGCAGAGGUUGGUUUGUGUGAGCUGUUUGAGGCCGGUGAGUUCGUGAUAGGAGCAUCCAAUGCUGCCUACAUCUUGCUUUCCCAGUUCAGCUCAUGGGAGACUCACCUAUUAUUGGUUAAUUGGGGUUUCAUCUUCUUUUAUCUCUUUUUAUAUUCUGCAAUUUUGGUU